AUGUCUGCCCCCGCCGCUUCUCCUAUCCCCGUCUCGGUCAUCGGCUUCGGCAACUCGGCCAGGACCUUCCACCUCCCCUUUAUCCUCUCGCUGCCCAACCUCUUCACUCUUCACUCGAUCCAGCAGAGGCCCCGCACCUCGGCCUCGUCGUCCAGCAGCCCCAAUGCAUCUCACCUCUUCCCCAACGUCACCGUCCUGCCGGACCUCGACGCCGUGCUCGCCUCGCUCCCAAAGGACGGCCUGAUCAUCAUCACCACCACAAACGACACUCACUUCCCCUUUGCCAAGCGCGCCCUCGAGGCCGGCUUCAACGUCCUCGUCGAGAAGCCCGUAGCCACAAGCGAACAGGACGUCUCGGAGCUCAUCGAGCUGCAGAAAAAGACUGGCAGGCUCUGCGCCGUCUUCCACAACCGAAGGUUUGACGGCGACUUCCUCACCAUCCAGUCGCUGCUCCAGGCCAAGGGAUCAGAGCCAUCGGCCCUCGGCGUGCCCACCUUCUUCGAGUCUCGCUUCGACCGCUUCCGCCCCAUCGCCAAGGGCGGCUGGCGCGAGGAGGUCGACCCUGACACACAGGGCGGCGGCAUGCUCUGGGACCUCGGUAGCCACCUCUUUGACCAGGCCCUCCAUCUUUUUGGCCCUCCCGAAUCGGUGACCGGCUUCGUCCGUAACCAGAGGAACCAGGGCCCGACCGCCGUCGACGACGACUGGCUCGCCCUGCUCCACUACCCCGAGUCUGCGCCGCUGCCGCCUUCGUCGCCCGCCGCCGGCACUCGAAUCGGUGGUCUCCGCGUCUCGCUCGGCGCCACCUGUCUCUCGACCCACGUCGAUGCCGAGCAGCCGCGCUACCGGAUUGAGGGUACCCGGGGCUCCUACGAGAAGCGCGGCACCGACCCGCAGGAGAACCAGCUCAAGGCCGGAUGGUCUCCCGCCUCGCACGGCGAUGCCUUUGGCGCCUACGACGACGAAAAGGACCCGGCCCAGGUGCGCUUCGGCCGCCUGACGACGUGCAAGUCGACCGAUGACAUGCCGGCGCCCGUGUCCGCUGGCGGUGCCGCGCCCAGCCAGCCAGAGAUCGGCGUCGUCGACAUCCCGACGCUGCCGGGCAGGUACGUCGAUCUGUUUGUCAAUGUGGCCGACUCGAUCAACGCCGCCAAGCUCGCCGAGGCCGAGGGCAAGGAGAGGAGCGAGGCGGUGGCGAAGGUGUCGCAGGUCGGCGUCGAGCGCGUGCUGGAUGUGGUCAAGCUCAUCCGGCUGGCCAGGCUCAGCUCCAAAGAGGGCAGGACGCUGCGCUGGAGCGACUUCUGA